UAUUUUUCUGGGUUGCUUCUCUGUUUAUCAAAUGGAUAAACCCUAAUUCAAUGAUUAGAUGGGAACCACAGAAGUCAAUUGAAGGGGCUUUAAAUUAAUCCCCCCAUUACUUUCCCAUCAAUUUAGGUGAUUACUGGAUUCAAGGCCAAGUUUCCUUUUGUGUUCCUGAUGGAAUGGAGUGGGAUUGCGCUUAAUCUGAGCUGUAUCAACUUCACAUGGGUCGCCUUUAUUUAUAAAGCUCGGUUACCGAUGCCUCUGUCUUCUUCUCUUACUUCGUUGAUUCAUGUGGGAUCUGUGUUAUAAUUUGUUUACUGCAAAUGGGUAUCCAACAGGAUCAAUCUGAAGCAAUCUUAGAGAAUGUUUGGGCCAACUUUAUAGGCCAAAGUGGAUUGGAUGGACAAGGAGGGAAAAAAAGUGGCAAAUCUUGGACAGAGCUACCUAGUCUUCGUUAUAGAGAUGGAUCCAUGGAGGGGGUUCUUGAGAGGCUACCAAGUCUUGGAAGAUGGGUAUCCAUGGGAGAUGAGGCGUGGGAGGAGCUGCUUGAUGGGGUUGUUCCUGUUAGCAAUGCAGAGCAAUGUUUUAAUGAGAAUUUGGAGAACACCCCAUUUAGUAAUUCUGGUUUCAAUGUUGAUCGAAGGCGAUCGGGGAAGACGGUGGCGACGACGAAACACUACCGUGGUGUGAGGCGACGACCGUGGGGGAAAUAUGCAGCGGAGAUUCGAGAUUCGUCGAGGAAAGGCGCUCGGGUUUGGCUUGGGACAUUCAAAACAGCAGAGGAAGCUGCAUUGGCUUAUGACAAAGCUGCACUCAGAAUUAGAGGUCCCAAGGCACAUCUCAAUUUCCCUGUCCAGACGGUUGCUGAGGCUAUGGGAAUGCAUUUGUCAACAAAGAAUGAUCGUUUGCCUUCUUUUCAAGGACAUGACUCUUCUUCUUAUUCGCCUCUUGGCAGCCAUGGAAGUGUGUCGAUCACGGGCAAGCGAUCGACACGGGAUUGGGAAGACAAUCUCAAUUUCAGCAUCAUGGAAUUGGAACAGCCAACUCCAAAGAGAAAAAGCAGCACCAACAACAUGUUAUUCGACGAUUUCGACGUUUUCGAGUUUCAAGACUUGGGGAGUGAUUAUUUAGACAGCUUGUUGUCUUCUUUAUGAUAACAUCUUGUCCAAAAACUCCUCCAAUUGGAUCGGUAACGGCAAGGUUUUUGUCACUAAAUCAAUUUGUGAUCCAUU